CAGGAGAGGGGUGGGGUGGGGCUGAAGCACUGGUCUACUGCCGCUUCGAAACUGGAGGGGUAGUGGAGGCCUGGGGUCCCUGUUACGCCGUCUGGCGUCGGGCCAGGCCCUGAGUCCUGUGGGGAGCGAGAAGAUUGAGACAGCCGUCUGGAGCGUGGCCCUCGCCCCUUCUCGUAAGCCCUUACUGGUUAACGCCGCCAUCAAUUCAGUGACCAAACGCCAGGGUCUCGAGUUCUGGAUCCCAGUCAGGGUGAGGGGAACGUGUUUGGUGGUUGGAAAAACAGAGGUGUUUUCUCCUUCAUAUGAAGGACUUCUUGGGGUCGCCAAGAGGUACCACGCGUACGUCGUGGUUCUGUUUCCCAUGACUGCUCAGUCAAGGCGUGCUAAUCUACCUUCUCCAGGAUUCCCCCCCCUUCAGAAAAGCUUGCCUCAUUGGGAAGUGUAACUGGUGUCUGUCCUGGAUGCACUGUCCUCACGCACAUCUUCCCGGGCCUUUGGGAGUCCAGAAGGUAGUUCAGGCAUUAGCAGAGCAAGUAAAAGGCAUUCUGGACAGCAGGAACUUCACUCCUUAGAGCUGGCCAAGCUCAACUUAUGGUGAAGUUUGCUGAAGGCAACAAUGGAACGAUUUGGAGUGAAGUCUGCUCCAUCACGUAACCGCUCUAAGACUGCUUUGUACGUAACUCCUCAGGAUCGUGUGACUGAGUUUGGCAAUGAGCUGCAUGAAGAUGGAGGUAAACUUUUCUGUACUUCCUGCAAUGUGGUUCUGAAUCACGUUCGCAAGUCUGCAAUCAAUGACCACCUCAAGUCUAAAACACACACAAAACGGAAGGCAGAGUUUGAGGAACAGAAUGUCAGGAAGAAGCAAAGGACUCUGACUGCUUCCCUUCAAUGCAACAGUACUGCCCAGACAGAGAAAACCAGCGUCAUCCAGGACUUUGUGAAAAUGUGCCUGGAAGCUAAUAUUCCUCUUGAGAAAGCUGAUCAUCCAUCUGUUCGAGCCUUCCUGUCCCGCUACGUCAAGAAUGGUGGUUCGAUACCUAAGUCAGAUCAGCUAAGGAAAGCGUACCUGCCUGAUGGAUAUGACAACGAGAACCAACUUAUCAAUACUGAAGACCGUUGAGAAGAAAACUGUUGUCAUCGUUGUGACGUUUACGUAUUGAUGGUGUGGUUUAUUUUUAUAUUCAUGCAUCUAUACAAUGUUACCUAUUGGUUUUACAAGCUAUUUUGUAUUAUUGUAAAAAUUACAAUCGAUUCGUGAACUUAGUGGUAUGUCACAGACUGUUGCUAACGCUGCUGUAGACUUCAGAGCUACACUGAUGCAGAACUCAUUAUGAAUGUAGGGAACAUACCAGGCAUACACCUUACCUAUGUUCACUCAAGAUGUAACUGACACUAAGAAAAAUGCACUUGUAUGGAGGAUUUCACUUACCUAAAUUGUGCAUUUAAAUAUACGAGGAAGACAAUGGAAUAGGGAUUGUUAAUCAUGUCAUUGGGUUGCUUUGUCCAUUUUCCCGUUCAUGAGUGAGUCACCAAAAAGAAGUGCUGCACAUUUGAAAUGCAAGAAUGGUUAGUUAAGAUAUAACUGCUCUGUUGGGGGAGGAUCAUUGCAAAUUUCUAUUCAAGUUCAGUUUGCGUCCUACAACAGGAAACAUUUUCUUCUCUAAUACACUUUUAUCCUAUUUGGUACAAGUUAAAUAGCCAAAACUGACAUCUGAACUCUACUAAGUAUUCUCAGGAAGCUCGGACUUCUGCAGGUUUGCCAUGCAUGCUUUAAAAACAAAAAAAUCAGUUUCACUCUCUUAGUUUAAAAUACCCCCUUCGGUUUCAGCACCAGUCUUUGAAAGCUGAGUAGACAAAUCAGAUACUUGAGUGUGAUUUGCAGUGCAAGUAGAACUUAUACUGGACCAAGGUAUUAAUAGAGAGAAUUAAUGCCUUUUUCUUACUAGCAGGACAAGGAUGCUAUAUCUAACUCAGGGGUGAGCAAGGCAGUGAAUUAUGAAGUUGAAAAGGCUUAUAUAUGGUGCACAGGAGAAGAGGCUUCUCCAUCUUUCCCUGAAAGUCCUCUACAUCUGGUCUUGUCCUCAACCUUUUGGAUGAAAAAUGUAAUAGAAAUCAAAAAGCUGUCAGUGCCCCUAAGUGCAUGUAUAUUUGAAGCUGUGCUGCAUUUCUUAUUCUGUGCCAAUGAUGUCAAAAAGUAAAAUGAGAAAUUGAAAAAUGUGAGUAAUUUUACCCUCUCCCAAAUGUAGUGAAGUAUUACUGAACUAUUCCAGAUUAUUAAGCCAAAUGGCUCACUUGAUAUAAGUGCUCUAGAAAGGUUUUGAAUGGAUUGAGGGAACAUUGUACAAAGUGUUAGAAUAUGACCAGCUCAUACUUGCUCUAGAAUUCCUUGAGAUGCUGUGGGUUUAGGCAGGUGCCAAACAUCUUCUAACAGCACAGAAAUCCUCCACUCAGUGGAUAAAUAGCAUAAGCAUGCUUUAACUUCUAGUGGAGUCAGUUUCAGUUCAGCUUCCUUCACAAGCAGAAUUUAGCAGUAUCUGUUUCUCAGUAUUUCUUUUAAUGGAGAUGUUUACAGUAAUGCUAUGUGAUUGCUAAAAAGGGACAAAGUAACCUGCCGAGUCUGUUUCCGUAGCUAUUUCACCAGCUCCUGCCAGAGCGGUCUCUUUUGCUGGAUUGAGAGAGACUUAGAUAGUUAUCAGCAACUGAUUUUGCGCAAUUAGCUUCUCCAGAAAUGCACUUGUGUUAUGUCAUAACCAUGUCUUACGCACUGCUAUGAGACCUGUUUGAAUAAAUGGUAGCUGCUUGUCUUUGUGUACCAGUA